AUGUCCUACUUAAUUCGUUCACAAAUAUUAAAAGAUGUCAUGGAUGCAGGAAUAUUUGCAGUAAUCAUUGAUACUACCAAUGAUAUAGCCAAUUAUGAACAAUUAACAUUUGUUUUGAGAUAUGUGAACAAUAGUGGUAGUAUUGUAGAACGUUUGGUAGCUUUGGAAACCGCAGCUGAUGGAACCGGACAAGGGUUAUUUAAAAAAUUUUGCAGUAUAACUGAAAAGUAUAAUUUAAACUGGCGUCAAAAUCUAUGUGCGCAGUCCUAUGAUGGUGCUGCAUCUAUGCAAGGCAUAUAUUCUGGUCUUCGGACAUUAAUUCAAAAAGAAAAUCCCAACGCUAUAUAUGUAUGGCGCUUUGCACAUCUACUGAACUUGGUUGUUGUAGAUACUUGUGAUUGUUGUGAAGUAACGAAACAUUUUUUUGGUGAAGUUCAAGCAUUAGUUUCAUUUUUUCGGACAAGAAAAAUAACUGCCACUUUCAUCGAAUGUCAACAGCAGUUAUAUCCGGGUGAUAGAACACGGCGGCUAAAAUGCUUUUCCGACACUAGAUGGACAUCACAUGGAAGGGUUAUAACUGUUCUAUUUGAAAGAUUUGGAGCAAUAUUAAAAACAUUAAAAAGGUUAGUAAAUUACAAUGAUAGAGUAACUUCGUCGGGUGCUAAAAGUCUUUUAACAGUAAUCACAUUUGAAUUUAUUCUCACAAUGAUCUUAAAUAAAAAUAUAUUUGCAAUAACCACACCUUUAUCCAAUUACUUACAAAGUAAAUCCAUAGAUUUUAUCCACGCAUUAAAUUUGGUUGAUGCAUCAAAAGAAAAAUUAACUUCUAUGCGCUGUGAUGCAGAAUUUGAAUCAACAGUAAAUGAGGCAAAACGUUUUGCUGAAAAACACAACAUGUCAGAGUUAAGUUUUAAAGAAACUAGACCAAGAAAAAAAAAAGGAUGGCUGGUGAAAAUAUUUAUGAUGAAGUAUCUGUUUCUGUAUGUGAUAGAUAUAGAACAAAUACAUACUUUAAAGUAUUGGAUCAAAUAA